AUGGCUAAACCUGAAAAAACUUCCAAGUCUGGAUUUGUUAUCAAACUUUCGAAUGAGACUGUGCAAAAACUAACCGAAGAAGAGAAAAAUGUGCAAAACGAAGGUGAGGAUUCAAAAGAUAAACAAGAUUCUACUGAAUUACUAAAUGCUCAAAUAGAGAAAACAUCAGUAGACUCUACUAACGACAUAACAAAAGAAGAAUCACAACAAGAAGAGUGUGCACCUUUAACUGAGCAUACUGAUAAAGGGAAAGGUGACAGUGAAACUAAAGUCGAAACCACCGAUCAAUGGGGUGAUUACUCUCCAUACAUAUCAUAUGAAGGAGAUGAAGCUAUUUAUACCGACCCGAAUAACAAACAAAAAUAUACAUGGAAUAAGGAAACAAACUCAUGGGUACCCAAAGGUGAACCCGAGGGACGGACAUAUAGCUAUGAAAACGACACUCACAUUUACACAGAAGCAGAUGGAUCUAAAUUCUUUUGGGAUGAUGAGAAAAAGGCUUGGAUCCCUAAAGUCGAUGAUGACUUUCUUGCUCUAUAUCAAAUGUCCUACGGUUUUGUUGAUAAUACAUCAGUGAAGAAUGAAGAGCAGACAAAAUUGAAGGAAGAAAAGAAAAAACUAGAUACUGGUGUGAAAAGAAAAAGUGAGCCAACUUGGUUUGAACAAUCAGAUGAAAAAAAUACAAAGGUUUAUGUAUCAAACUUGCCGACUGAUCUAACGGAAGAGGACUUUGUUAAUCUGAUGCAGAAAUGUGGUCUGGUUGAAAGAGAUCCCGUGAACCAGAAGAUGAAGGUCAAACUGUACAUGGAUAAAGAACAGAAUUGUUUCAAAGGUGACGCUCUCUGUACAUACAUCAAGAUUGAGUCCGUCGACCUGGCUUUGAAGUUACUCGACGGAAGUGAUUACAAAGGCAACAAGAUAAAAGUUGAAAGAGCACAAUUCCAAAUGAAAGGUGACUACAACCCAGCUCUGAAACCUAAAAAGAAAAAGAAAAAGGAACUGGAGAAGCUCAAGAAAAUGCAACAGAAACUGUUUGACUGGAGACCUGAGAAAUUUAUAGGAGAGAGAUCGAAACACGAACGGAUAGUUAUCGUCAAAAAUCUAUUCCAUCCGUCAGAUUUUGAUAAUGAUGUUCAGCUUAUACUAGAUUACCAACAAGACUUGAGAGAGGAGUGCAGCAAGUGUGGAGAAGUGAGGAAGGUGGUUAUAUACGACGCACAUCCCGAAGGCGUCGCACAGAUCACUAUGAAAGAGCCCGAACAAGCCGACGCUGUUAUACAGCUAAUAAAUGGCAGGUGGUUUGGAAAACGACAAAUAACAGCGGAAACAUACGACGGACGAACUAAAUAUAGGAUAGCGGAGACCGACGCUGACAUCAAUAAGAGAAUAAACAAGUGGGACAAGUUCUUGGAAGGAGAAGAAGCUAAGAAAGACAAGAAUACAAGCAAUGAAAGCAAAACUGAUACGACGGAGAGUGAGAAGGUAGCAAAUGAAAAAGAACAAUCAGCUGAAAAAUGA